AUGAACCAGGCUGAUGAAGAGCUAGACUAAAGGUCUUCCCCUUCAUAGAGACUUAAUGCCAAUUAAUCUAGAGAGAGAUUUUUCUCAAGGCUAAAUCUUAAGCCAUUCAAGAUUAUUAUAAGUAACGAUGGCAAGCAGAAUUAUAUGCAAAAGAGGAAGUCUGCUGGAGUUGGAUUCAACAAUUGCGUAUCGGAGGACUAUUUGUUUAAGGAUGAUCCAUUCAGACAAGGAUUAAACGAUAUAUUUAUCACUAGAGUUUCAACAUUGGCCGACUACUUCAAUCUAAACUAGCAGUCUAAUACCUAAGACGAUAUGAAUACUUAAGAAGACACUGAGGCUCUGAACCGAGAGUCUUAGGAUGCUCAAGAAGAGGACAAUAUUCCAUUUGAUGAUAAAAUACCUGCUGACUAUUAAGAUGACUUGCACAAAGCUAGGACCUUGAUUUCAUCUCGAAUGGAUGAUAGAAUUCUUAAUUCCAUUAAUAAAUCGCAUUGGUCAAAGCAGCAAAAGUGUUCAUUAUAAAAUCCUCAGAUGGCUCGAACCUAAACAGCUGGAAAUCCUUUGAACAUGAGAAGUGAAUAGUCUUAAAAGCCAAAGUAUACAUAUGGAGAUGUAAUUGCAAUGAAAUACAUCAACUAGGAGGAAAAAGCCAAAAAUAAAAAAAGAAAGAAUAAACGAUCCAUAGUGGAGAGAAGUAACACAGCAGCUGUGGGAUUUAGAGAAAGUAAAUCUCUUGGAGCCAAUUCUAAUUUAAAUAGAAGAUUUUAGGAUAUAUUUGAUGAUGAAAUAGUCAUAAAGGAUGAUGAAUAAUAGUAACUGUAUGCCAAAUAAGAAUCGGAUCCUUACAAAAAUCUGAAAUAAGAAUAAAGUGAUAGAAUCAGCAAUUUAUCUAAAGCUAAUUAGUAAGUAAAAUCUAGUAUUCAUAAGUACUCAGAAGAGUCUAAGAAGCAAUAAAUAAUAAACUAGAGCUCGUAUAAGUAAUUCUAUGAUUAGAAUAAUUCAAAUGCGAAUAAGAAUUCUUAAGAGUACUCGAACCUCUUUAUAAUAGAAAACAAGAAGCAUCAGAGAUUUUAACGUGGCUCUGAUGGCAGUGGUGCUUUUCCUUAGUCAACUAAGAUAUCGAGUCAGGUGUCAACUCCCCUAUGUGAAAUUCUUUCUUAAUCAUCACAAAAAAGGAUACCGAUGUAACCGCCAUAAACUUAUAAUCAGUGGUAGUAUAAAAGAUUUGAUAUAUAAAGUCAGUGUAACUAAAGAUACCCUUCUUAAUAAAAACCAUUGUAGCAGCAAUAACAGAUAUAGUAGUCAUCACAAUAAUCCUAGCAUCAAUCACUUUAGAGAUAAGAAAGUUCAGAUAUAUACUCAACUGAGGUUAAAGUAAUGCAUAAACGGACUAUCGGGACUUCUUCACUUUAAAAGAGGCAGAGCCUGUACAGUAAGACUGGCGGAGGUAGUGGCUCCUAGAAUAGUCUUGUAGCGAAGUAAGGAUAGUUCAGCAAUGUUUCAUUCGCUCGCAAAAACAUGUAAAAUAACUGGCUAAAUUUUAGAACUAAUGAAAAUGAGAGCAUUUAGUAACAAAUUUGA